CCCUCCCCCCUUCUCCUCUCUGUUUCUCUCUCUCUCGAGCUGUUCUUAGCAAAUCCUGUUUCUGGCUUUUGCUGGGUUUUCGAAAUAUUUAUCUGGGUUGGAGUUAGAUUCCUCGUUUAUACAUACAUUUUCCGAAUGGUGAUCACCGUGGCGUCGCCGAGGAAGUCGAUCAAGAUGGUGUUCGAGAGAGUUGGGGUGUACGGCUUCGGCGGGAGCAGCCAGAAGCGACGAAAGUACGACGUUCAGGAGGAUGACGGCAAGACAGAGAUGCUUCAGAUUGGUGCCGAGCGGACCAAGAAUGUCCUCAUCUUGAUGAGCGACACAGGCGGCGGCCACCGUGCCUCGGCGGAGGCCAUUCGCGACGCCUUCAAGCUGGAGUUCGGCGACGAGUAUCAGGUUUAUGUGAAGGAUGUAUGGAAGGAAUACACCGGCUGGCCGUUGAACGACAUGGAGAGAUCAUACAAGUUCAUGAUCAGACAUGUAGGGCUUUGGGCGGUUGCAUUUCACAGCACCUCUCCUCCAUGGAUUCACUCUCUCUACCUCGCCGCCAUUGCAGCCUUCUAUGCUAAGGAGGUUGAGGCCGGUCUUAUGGAGUACAAGCCGGAUAUUAUCAUUAGUGUCCAUCCUCUGAUGCAACACAUCCCUCAAUGGGUCCUCAAGUGGCAAGGUCUGCAGAAGAAAGUAAUUUUUGUCACUGUAAUCACAGACCUUAAUACCUGUCACCGAACGUGGUUUCAUCCUGGGGUCAAUCGAUGCUACUGCCCCUCAGAGGAGGUAGCAAAAAGGGCUCUGCUUGAUGGCCUAGAAGAAUCUCAAAUACGCGUUUUUGGCUUACCAAUUCGACCCUCUUUUUGCCGGGCCGUACUUUCUAAGGAUGAUUUAAGAACGGAACUUGAGAUGGAUCCUGAAUUGCCUGCAGUUUUGCUGAUGGGCGGUGGCGAAGGAAUGGGUCCUGUGAGAAAAACUGCAGAGGCUCUUGGAGAAUCCCUAUUCGAUGAAUUGCUUGGGAAACCAAUCGGGCAAAUGGUUGUUAUUUGUGGCCGGAACAAAGAUCUGGCCUCAACAUUGAGAUCACUCGAAUGGAGGAUCCCGGUUAAGAUUAGAGGGUUUGAGACUCAGAUGGAGAAAUGGAUGGCUGUUUGUGACUGCAUUAUAACUAAAGCAGGGCCCGGUACAAUAGCUGAGGCAUUGAUCCGAGGGCUGCCAAUUAUUCUCAAUGACUACAUUCCCGGACAAGAGAAGGGGAACGUUCCCUAUGUAGUCGACAAUGGGGCGGGAGUCUUCACUCGAAGUCCCAAGGAAACUGCCCGGCUUGUGGCCAAAUGGUUCAGCACCGACAAAGAUGAGCUUGGGAGAAUGUCAGAGAACGCGCUGAAGAAACUGGCUCAACCGAAUGCUGUGUUCGACAUUGUCAAGGACAUCCAUGUGCUGGCAUGCCAAAGAGGACCUCUAGCCUAUCAAUUAACAUCAUCUUCACUUUCUAACUUUAUUUGAACCGAAUCACGUUAUAGGCAGGCCCGGACCUACAGGAGGCCCAAGAGGCAAUUGCCUCAAGGCCAAAAAUUCUGUCAUUUUUUGGGGGUCCAUAAAUCUAGAAAUCCUUCUUCCUCUCUCGCUCAGCCCAGCCCACAAGACCGAAUCUAGCCCAUGGGCAAGGUGGGCUGAAUGGACAAAGCCCACCCAAUUUUGGUUCAGUGCCCACCCCCUCUGCAAACCCUACUUCGCCCCUCCCCUGCCCUCGUGCAACCCUUUUCUCUUUCUCUCUCGUUCUCGGUCGCUUGCCCUAGUUCUUGCUCGCUGCCUGUCUCUCGCUCUCAUUCGUUUUGUCGCUCGCCCUCACUGCCUCUCGAUUGUCUCAUCAGAUUUGUUUCGCGAAACUUCCAAAUCUGCUUCAUCCGAGCCUGAAUCUGUGCAACUGAUUUGAAAAGGCUAUGGUUGAAGCGAAACAAAUAGCAAAUGAAGUGGGAGUUGAAGCUGUAUUUCGAGGAAAAAAAAAACGCAUGAUUCGAAGAAAGAGACAAUUUGAUGAGGAUGGCAAUGAUAAGGUAACACAAUCAGCAGAAGAUUCUUUUAGAGUAAAUUAUUUUCUCUUUAUAAUUGAUCGAGUUCGUUUUUUACUUCAAACUUAAUUUGAACAAUUUAUAAAAUAUGAAAAAACAUUUGGAUUUUUGUUUAAUUUAGAGAGGUUGAAGUGUAUUGAUGAUGAUACUUUAUCGAGGUCUUGUAAGAAUUUUGAAAAAUUCUUGAUGCAUAAUGGUCAUUCCGAUAUUAAUGGA